CACCUCCCUUCAGGAGCGCACCAGUCGCCCAUCCGAUGCAAGCUAUGUGGACAAACAGCUGCUACCUUGACGGAGAAAUCCUCGACAAGUAGCGAACACUUGGAUAAACAGCGAGAGAAGGUUGUGAACUUUUGAAUUUAGACGACUUGAAUACUUUCAACAUGAAUUAGGGAUAGGUUUCUAGAACCUGUGGAUAUAUGUGGCGAUUGUUUCCUGCCUGUGAAAAAUAUAUGGAUAACUGUAUGUUGCUAUGGUGGAUGAUGUCCCAAAAUGAACACAGAUUUACAGAAGCGACUCCAAGUUCCCCAACCAAAGAUCCGCAGUCACCUAACGAUCAAGGUACAGUCCAAACUGAUGUCAAAGCCUUGUCCCUCUACCCGGGGUCCCGAACCUCCCAUCCCCCCAAAGCCCAGACCCUCCUUAUCUGAGACAGAGCAAGAGGAGGAACAGUGCCCCCCUCACGGUCUGAGCAAUGGAGACCUGACCUCCUCAGAGGAGGAACCUGAGGACCCCCAGGAGGUGGCAGAGGACCACGUAACCCACCCCACAGAACACAACCAGGAGGAAGCAGAACCAGAAGAAAACCUCAAUGACAUCAGAGAUGAUGAAGGGGGGAGUGAACAGGAGGAGAAGGGGGAUGAGGUAGAGAGAGAGGGAGAGGCGUUGACCGAUGCAGCCCCUUUGGAUAACACUAGUGGUACUGACACUCACAUUGCAGUAGAGGAGGAAAACUCUAAAGAAACAGAUGACUUGAACCUUGAGAGUGACAAUAAUGACACAUCUGUGGACCCUGAAGAUGUUUUGAUGCAGUGUCUCUCAGAGUGUGAGAGAGGGGAUGAGGAAGCAAAGUGUGUCAAAGAGCGGAGGGAGGAGGAACAGAUUUUAUCUGAAGAGACUGAAACAGCCGAGGAGCCUACUGGAUGUCCAGAAGAAGAUGUAGAAGAACCAGACACAGAGGAUUAUGAUCAUGGGAACUUCCCUAGUCAACCUGCCGCAGACACUGACAGUAGGCUUGAAGAUGAGGACAGGUCCCCUGGUGGAUAUUUGCAGUGCAAGGUACCCACUGAUGAGGCUGAGGAAGAAGCAGAGGUUAUUUCACUGGGAGCACACUGCUGUACACACGCACCCGUCUGUGAGGAGUAUCCCUACGACGUGAUUGGCCCUUCAGAUGAGUCUGUUUACACAUGUGACACUGGUGAGCCCGGUGACACAGGCGUGUGGCAGCCCGAGCGUGCCACCAAGGACCCCUCUGGGCGUUUCCGUUUCUCUGGCAGCACUGAGGAUAUGUUUGGGCCUUACUCCGUCAUCGAGGCGGUGCCUGCUGACAGGAUGCGCACCGCUGACCCUGAUGUGAAUCACGACGAUACAUGCUGUGGUGACAAACCACACACUCCAAAGGAGAUGGACACAGCAGGUACCUUUAACCAAGAGCCUUAUUAUGUGUCAUCGGACGACGUGGCAGAGCUAGAGGAUAAACAGAAACUCUCAGAAGAGUGUGGGGUCCAGGACAGUCCUGAGCAAUCCAGCCAAGACAGAGAAACAGCUAAGGAGGAUAUGGAUGAAUACGCAGACAUCGAUGACUCCCUCUGCCCAGAGGCCCAUGACUUUCAGCAUCUGGAGGGUGCCUCAUCAGAGGACUAUGUGGAGAUUGGGGACGAUGAUGAGACGGAUGACACCGAGAGGAAGCAGAUCAGAGGGAGGAGUAUGAGAGAGAGAACAGCCAAGCGUGAGCAGGCUUUCUCCAGCCAGCGGAACAGCUGCCAGCCCCGUCUCAGGCUGUGUAACAUCACAGUGCCAGCAGACUUGGACCGGACCCGUACUCCGGAGCUCACCAACAGGGUGGUGUUUGCCCACACCACAGAGGCCUUCGAGGAGGACAUUGAGGAGCUGGACGGCCACAUCGUGCCUUAUUACGAGGACUCCAACUCAGAUAGUGAGGAGCACAUCUAUGAGGAGGCUGGCUUUGACUCUGAGGGGGAGAACUUCAUCUCUAAGAGCAUUGUGAUGCGGUCACGCUCUUACUCUGGGAAAGUUCCGGGUUAUGUCCCUGAGACGGUUCCUGAGGAGACAUCAGGGUACCAGAGUACUCAUGACUACUGUACUGUGGCCUUAGACCAAAAUGGAGAACCUCUGGUACGUCCUGAGCAGCCUGAGAUCAACAGACUCAUCCCCUCUCUGAAGCCACGCCGCUUCCUACUAUACCCACGCUCAUGCUCCGUAGAGGGUCAAGAACUGUCAUCAGGCGCUCACACAGAGGCUGACCAAUCGCUGAAGGAGGAAGACAGGAUGAAAAGGACAGAUGACACCCUCUCUCUGCCAUGUGUUGUCACUUCUUCCGGAAGCUUUUCUCAACAGAGCCACCAGUCAUCUAGUGGCAUUUCCACGCCAACUUCUCUGGUGGACAUUCCACCUCCCUUUGAAUUGGCUUACAUCACCAAGAGACCCGUCACUAAAAGCUCCCCUUCCCUCCUGAUCAGCGUCUCUCCUGAGUCCACAGACAACAAGCCCAAGAAGAAGAAGUCCUCAUUCAAGCGCUUCCUGGCCCUGAAGUUCAAGAGGAAAAUGGACACUAAAGGCUUUGGUGAUGGUAGCAUCCGCUCCUCGCGCUCCUCCUCUGAGUCCAGCCACCACGGGCCAACAAGAAUCCUGGACCUAGAGCGCAGGAGCACUGGCUCCCCUCAGCCCCAGUCCCAGUCUCGCAUGGUGAAGCCCCAGCAGCGCCCUCCAGACCUUCCCUCAACCUUCCUGCCCUACAAAGAUCACAGGAAAGGAGACCCUAAAGCCUACGGAAGCAGGGGCGUGUCCAGGGUAGAAUCCUUCGAGGAGCGCUCCCGUCGCCCCCUCAUGCCCCUCCCCCUGACCAAACCUCGCUCCAUCUCCUUCCCCAAUGCAGACACAUCAGACUAUGAGAACAUCCCAGCUAUGAGCUCUGACUAUGAGAACAUCCAGAUCCCACCUGGAGGGAGACCCACCAGAUCCAUGACUGUCACAGAGUUCUUUGAGGACCCCAACCGCAUGGUGGCCCCCUCUAAUGACAACGAUGGCUAUGUGGAUAUGAACAGCUUCCCUGGGAUCGACAGCAAACCCCAGUCACCUGAGCAGGAGCCUGAAAGUGCCUACACCGAGCCUUUCCCAGUGCACCAUACUCCAGCAGGGCUCUCAGCUGAGGAGGACCAUGGACGUACCUCAGAGGAGGAGGAGGGAGGAGUGCAGCAUGGCUACGACAGACAGAUUGAUGGGCGAUCCAGAGCCUUCUACAUCGCCAAAGAGCUGGUGGAUUCUGAGAGACUACAUGUAAAGGCCCUCAAGCUCCUUCAAGAGGACUUCAGGGCAGCAGUGUUGGAGGCGGUGGGGGAGGAUGGGGAACCUGUGGUGGAGGAACAGAGGCUGUGGGAGAUACUGGGCACGCUCCCUGAGGUCUACAUACUCCACAGCAACAUCCUCACCGAGCUGGAUGCACGCAUCAGACAGUGGGAGGAGAGCCAGCAGGUGGUGGAUGUUAUCCUGUCUCAUCAGGAGGAGUUUGCUGUGUUCGCUACCUAUAUCUCUGAGUAUGACCGCAGCAUGUCCCUACUGGCAGAGAGCUGUAAACUCAACCCUGCCUUCCAUGACAUCGUCAAGCAGUUUGAGAAGCAGGGCCCAGAUGGACCUCAGGUCCCACUGCGGCAUCAGCUGCUGCAGGUCAUUGCGAGAGUCCUCCAGUACCGCAUGCUGCUCACAGAUUACUUAAACAACCUUUCCCCUGAUUCUAAAGAAUAUGAGGAUACACAAGCUGCCUUAGUAAUUGUGUCAGAGGUGGCAGACCAGGCUAAUGACAAUCUCAAGCAAGGGGAGAACUUGCUGCGGCUGGUCCACAUUGAGUACAGCGUCAGAGGCAAGAGAGAUCUACUCAAGCCAGGAAGGGUGUUUGUGAAGGAAGGCACUCUAAGGAAAGUGUCGAGGAAAAGCAGACAGCCCAGACACCUGUUUCUGAUGAAUGAUGUGAUGCUGUACACCUACCCUCAGCAGGAUGGUAAAUACAGGCUGAAGAACACUCUCUAUCUGUCUGGGAUGAAGGUCAGUAUACCUGUCAUAGACAACGUGCUCAAUGCCCUGAGGAUCGAGGUGUCUGACGUCACCAUCACCUUGUCAGCCAGCUCCUGUGGAGAGAGGGAGGACUGGUUCCACACGCUUAGUCGGGCCAUAGCAGACCAUGCUGCAGGCCUGUGUACUUUUGGUGGCCCCUGCAGUGAGGGACGUGAGAAGCUGUGGAUGGCCCUGGGGGAGGCAGCUCCAGUGCUGGUGCCCGUGUCUCAUGUGAUGAUGUGUAUGAACUGCACCUCUGACUUCACCUUAACCCUGAGGCGCCACCACUGCAACGCCUGUGGGAAAGUUGUGUGUCGUGCCUGCUCCAGGAACAGGUAUCCUCUGAAGUACCUCAAAGACAGAAUGGCCAAAGUGUGUGACCACUGCUACGGUGAGCUCAGGAAGAUAGGUGUCAGUAUCUCAGGGGCUUGUGGUAACUCCAGCCCCUGCACCCACCGGGCCAGUCGGCCCCUCUCAGCCGUGUUCCAGAGCCUACAGCCCCCAAGCCUGUGGAGAAGCAGGAAGAGCACCUCCCCUCUCGACCAGGUGGCAUUGAGGGCUGAGGGCUCGGCCAUGAGUGGCAGCCUGCAACGGCGUAAGAAGAGCAAGAGGAAGUGGAAGAGGCUGUGGUUCAUCCUCAAAGACAAGGUGCUCUACACCUUCACAGCACGCGAGGACAGGGUGGCAUGUGAGAGUCUGCCUCUGCAGGGUUUCACAGUGAAGCUGACAGAGAGGCCAGAGGGUGAGGAGAGCUUCAACGUGUUUCAGCUCUACCACAAGAAGACUCUAUACUACACCUUUAGAGCAGAUGACCAGCACACUGCACGCAGGUGGGUCAAUGCCAUGGAGGAGGCCACAGUGUUAUAACAUCUGCCUGUCUGCACAGACUGACCCUGCUGUGCAUCACCUGCCUACGCUCUCUGUCCUGGUUUAUAGCUGUCCCUCACAAUGCCUCACACUUAUUUUCUCUUGAAGUACAUUGAAUAUCAUUCUUAUAAUCCAUCCCUUUAAUGCACUGGAUCAAUUCUCACUCUGGAAGAAUACACGUUUCUGUGCAAGAGCAUCUUUGACACGGCUGCCAUCUACAGACAGAAAGAAGAUCAUGCAGACUCUGUGUGGGGCAAACAUCCAAGCGUGAGGUUACUGCUUGGGAGUCUCUAAGGUGAAAACCUCUCAGAUGAGUAUACUGCAUGCCACAACAUGCCACAAAUUCUGCUCCUGUGACUGAAAGCUCAUAGACAAUGUGUUUUUACAACUUUUUCCAUUGACAGCCUCCAGUGCCAUGUACUUUCACACAGACUUAUCUUUACUUUCUGACACUCUUUUUCUACCAUGGAUGUGUAUGUACAUAGAACAACUUUGUAGGGGUUUUGUUUUUGAUAUCGUAGGCUUUUUGAUGCUGUUAAAACAAUACCAAGUUAAUAUGAACAGCUUAUGUAUUGUAUGAGAACAUGUAAGAGUCAUGUCAUAUUUGGAAUAUAUAGUGUAAUAUUCAAUUCACAUAUUUUGAAGUGAGAUAUAAUAAUUAUUUGUACAGAAAUGUUAUUACAUGAUGUUUCAAUCGAGAGCCAUUUUAAUCAUAUCUUGUCCAAUGUAUUUUCUGUACUCCAUGUAAAUGCGCUUAUUUUACACCGUAGGUUUACACCUGUAAUAACAAUGACAGAAUGUGAAAUGUUACAGACAGUAUUAGUAUUAUUCAACAAAAUAUCAUUUUGAAGUAUAUUUCAUAGCUGAAUGUAUAGUUUUUAAACAUUUUUAAAAGGGUGACUACAUUGUUAGGGGCCAACAGUUUCCACUUGAAUGCAGUGCAAUGUGUUAUGGCUGAAAGAAUGUGCCUGACGUGACAUUAUUAUCCUUAUUAUCAUUCAUUCAAAUUAUAAUUAAUCGGUUUUGGGGAGUAGUGAACUGCAUGUAGUUUAACUAGUAAUUUAACUAUAUUUUGCAGUAGCUUGGUGGUAGUUGAACUAAAUUCAAAUGUAGAUAGUGUUUUCAGUAGUUCAUAACUUGUAGUAAUUUUGUAAUAUGUCAUUUUUAUGAGGAUCCCCAUUAGCUAACGCCGUAACGCUAGCUAAUCUUCCUUGGGUCCAACACCAAUUAACAAGACAUUACAAACAACCACAAUCAGGACUUCACAAACAUUCCACAAGUAGACAAUACGGAUAAUUAAAAUACCUGACAGGAAACACAUUUAACAUUCAGUUGAUGUUUUCUAUUUCCUGUCCAGUCAUAUGGUCUAUCACAUUAGAUGUUAUUUUAGGUGGAUUUACUUUUUGCCUGAGAAAUAUGGAUUGGUAAAAAGUUCCAUUCAGCUAUAGCUCUGUAUAAAACUGUAGAUUUAAGGUGAUUUGUCCUUGGCUUGAGUUGUUUUAGCUGCCCUGAAUUUGCCUGUCUGGUUUGGUGGUUAUGCGUGUUGCUAGUAUGUACUAAUUGGACUGAAAAAUACUGUGGUUUUUUGAAAAAUAUAACAUUCCUAAAGAAAAUCAGAAGACUAGAUAGUAAUUUGUUUUUAACGUGAAGCCAUGAGAGAUUCUGAUGCCUUUUAAUAAUAUUAAUUCGGUUAGAGCAAUGAAGAGAUAAUCUGGCAGCCCUGUUUUGAGCCAUUUGGAGCUUUUUUAUAUCUUUCUUUGCUGCAGAUUACCAUAUAACCGGACAGUACUCUAAGUGUGAUAGGACCAGGGAUUGAAUCACCUGAUUCAGAGUGCUAGAUGUUACAUACUCUAAACAUUUUCUUGUAACAGCAAUUCCCUUACCCAUCUUAAUAACAAUAUUAUCUAUGUGUUCUGACCAUGAUAAAGCUGCAUCCAACAUGA